AUGGGAUUGGUGAAAGAGACAUGCUCUCAGAAAAGAAAUGUAUUCAAAAGAGUAAAGAGGGCAAAUAAAGUAAAUGGGAGAGCAUUGGUUAUUCCAAUAGGAACGAUAUUUAAUUCUGACGAUAUUCAGAUGAGGUCAGCAUUCCGUUUGGCUUUAAGUCAGUACUCUAAAGAAAGUGUGAGCUAUAAACUUAACCAAUCAAUCAGUAUCAUAGAUGUAUCAGACAAUUUCAAAUUGGCCUCGUCAUUAUGUAGUCAGAUGAAUACUGGUGUUUUCCUAUUUUUCGGAACUAAAAGUAUUCAUUCUUUGGAGAUAAUUGACCACUACACUAAACGAUUCCACAUGCCUUACAUCUCACCAAGUUUAUCCAGAGUGGCAGUAGCUACCUACGAUAGUUUCCAAGUCAGUAUGAAGCCACCGAUUACACAAGCCAUAAUCGAUUUGAUAAUAAACUUCGACUGGCAAGUUGUCCACUAUCUAUACGAUUCAAAUGAAGGUCUGAAACGAUUACAAGAAAUAUUUAGCACAUUGCCAAGGCAUACGGACGUCCGAUUUACAUACCGGAAGCUAGAGGAUGUUUAUCACGCACAUGAAGAUUUGCGCACAUUAGAUAGGAUGAAUACUGCAGAUGAUAAAAAGAUAAUACUUGAUCUUUCGUCUUAUGAUGCAUUUACAUCAGUUUUAAAACAAAUUGCAGAAGUUGGAAUGAACAAACAUGAAUAUUUUUAUUUGCUGACAACUCUGGAUUUUUCUCGGUUAGAUUUUAGACGUUUUAUUCAUGGAGGCGUUAACCUGACUGGAUUUGAUAUAAUUGACCCCAAUAACAAGCAGUACAAGCGAUUCGUUCGAAAAUGGGAAAAUGCAAGUUCGAAUGAAUACCGAGGUGCAGGAGGCGAAUUAAUGUCAGAUUCAGCACUUGCAGUUGACUCAUUACAAGUGAUAACAGAAACCUUUAGUGAAAUGUUAGCUAAGGACAAACCUAUCUUUCAAGGAAGUUUCCGAAGGGCACAUGUUUAUAAUAAUUAUACAAGACCGGGAAUACCUUGUACAAAAAUUCACCAUUCUGAACCGGAACCCCCACCAUGGAUGCAUGGACAAGCUAUUUUAGAUGCAAUCAAAAUGGUAGAUUUCCAAGGAUUGACAGGCCAUGUGAUGUUUACACCUGAUGGAUUCCGACAUGAUUAUAUACUACAUGUAUCUAGUGUUGGACUCCACCACCAAACUCCAACGAAGAUUGGUUCUUGGCAUCCAGACUAUGGGUAUUCAAGUUUGGAUGCAGACACACGACGAGAACCUGUCGGGACUAACUACACCGACAGUAGUGUGAAAGUCAUAACAACAAUACUAUCAAAACCAAUGCUGAUGAGGAAAGAUCCUACAAAAAUAUUAGAAUCGAAUCUAACAGGAAAUGAUGUUUAUGAAGGAUUUGUUCCAGAUUUUGCUAAACUUUUAUCUGAUAGAAUAGGAUUUCAGUACAAAAUAAAAGAAGUAACCGAUGGAAACUAUGGACGUGAAGAUCCUAAUACAAAGCAAUGGGAUGGUAUGGUGAAAGAAUUAAUUGAUGGUACUGCUGAUAUGGCUUUAGCAGAUUUUACAAUAACAUAUGAUAGAGAAAGGGUUGUAGACUUUACGAAACCAUUUAUGGAAGUAGGCAUAUCAAUAAUGAUUAAAAAACCAGAAAUAGAAAAACCAGGAGUCUUUUCAUUCAUGAAGCCGUUCAAUUUUAAGAUAUGGAUCUUUAUUAUGCUAGCAUAUGGAUCUGUCAGUAUUGGACUAUUUCUUGUCAGCAGAUUUAGUCCAUAUGAAUGGACAAAGGUGAAAGGGGAAAAAGACCCACAAUUAAACGAAGAAUUUUCAAUGUUAAAUUCCUUUUGGUUUUCUACAGGAGCCUUAAUGUUACAAGGAAGUGACUCUUGUCCAAGGUCAAUGUCAGGACGAGUUAUUGGAACUGUAUGGUGGUUCUUUGUAUUGAUAAUUAUCUCAUCAUACACAGCCAACUUAGCUGCUUUUCUAACCAUAGAACGAAUGGUUGCACCAAUAGAAACAGUGGACGACCUAGCAAAACAAACUCAAAUUAAGUAUGGAUGCGUUAAUUCAGGAACAACACGAGAGUUUUUUGCGGGUUCACUUGUUCCUAUUUAUCAAACAAUGUGGAAUUUUAUGAUGUCAAAUCCUCAAAAUAUGUGCAACACGACAAGUGAGGGCAUAGAAAGAGUGCGCAUUUCUAAAGGAAAAUAUGCUUUCCUUGUAGAAAGCAAUAUAAUAGAAUACGAAAACAGUGUGGAACCAUGUGACACUUUUAAAGUCGAUAGGAAUCUCAAUACAAAAGGUUUUGGUGUAGCCACGCCGAAAUAUUCACCCUUACGUGAUGUUCUAAAUCUUCACGUAUUGGAACUUACUGAAGAUAGUACCUUGAUAAAACUGAGAAAUAAAUGGUGGAGUGAUCGAAGUCAAUGCGCGCCGAAUGGUGGCAAGGACACUUCAAGAAAGAAUUCGUUAUCAUUAAGCAAUGUAGCUGGAGUAUUUUAUAUUCUUAUCUGUGGAUUAGUAGUAGCAGUAAUAUAUGGUGCUUUGUCAUUCAUUAUCCUAAAAGUACGACUGAUACCCAUAACAAGCUAUGCAAAAGCUAUGACAUCAUCAUCAGCUGCCUUAGAAACUGAUAAAGGAAACGGUAGCCUUAGUGAAUAUGCAAUAAACAAUGGUCAUUCACAUUCCGACAGAGACGUCAAAACGUAUACAUAUAAUCCGCCUCCAAUGAUUGGAUUUGAAGCCUUUCAGCAACCCCAGGAACAUUCUGAUGUUUGAUAUUUUCGGAUAAGAAAACAUUUACGUUUUUAUGCUCAGAUGCUAUUUAUAUUGAAACGUGAAACAUUGGAAACAAAGAUAACUAUUAAGAGUCAUCCAGGGAUUAAGACAGUAAAUGUCCUGUAGACUUAGAAUGCAAAACAGGAGACUUUCAUGGAUGAUCGAAAGUAAUUGGUUGUCGUCUAUCACAAAUGAGCUGCUCAUUGAUUCGAUCGUCCAGAUUUCUAGAAAUAUGAUAUGUUCCUGUUGUUGCGUUAUCAAUCUCACAAACCAACCUCACAACCAUACUGUUUGUUAAACAAAUUCGAUCUCAAUUAGAUUUUGAAUUUCUUGGAAUCUUAAGAGAUUGGUGAGACGAAGUUGAAUGGUGAAAAGAGUUAACAGAAUUACGAUAGGAUUUUAAGUACAAACCCCACAAGUUAAAAACGGUUCAUAGAAUACAUAUGUAUUGUACUUUUUCUUUAACCAUGUAGUGAUUUAAUUUUUAGAGUUAACUCCCUUUUCACUGCUAAUGUUACAAGAAAUAUCAAGAAAACGAUGAAAAGUCUAUUUUUGAUUUAUCUUGUCUUCAUAUAUUUGCUUUUGAUAUAUGUUUACCUACUCAUAGAUUUUUGUCUUAAUAUCCAUUGCUUGUUUGUUCAUGUGACAAACUUGUUUAAUAUCAUAUUAUAAUCGUUGGAAUUCAUUAAUAUCUUUCGUCAUUGGUUACAAAACGUCCACACAAAAAAGUGCGAGUACAAAAAAAACAAAAACAAAAUCGACCGAUCGAGACCCUGAUAGGUAGUCGGAGUAGUUUAACCAUCUCAUAAAAGCAAACAAAUAAAAAAAACGAAAGAAACUGAAAGUAGUAUUGUAACGCUUUAACGUUAAACAGUAUAAAAGAUAAAUUGACUUUGAUAUCUGAAAUAAUUUGAAAUAAGUAUCGAUUCCAGAAAGUGAUGCAAGCCAGAUGACAUAUUUAAUAGCGAUAAACUUUUAUAAAUCAUUACUCACAUCAAUUUAUUUGGUAUGCCAUUUUCGGCUUCUAUGCCCUAUCACGUCUCGUUAUCAAUCAAGUAUAGUUUAGCGUUAAAAAUCUUUACAAAGUAACUUUUAAAGCAAAGUUGCUUCCUUGGAUGUAUAAGUCCACUGUAGAGUUAUACAAUUUUCAGAUUUGUCCUCUUCAAAAUAUCCUAAAAAUAAAAGAAAAAUUCCAAUAGAAUUUUUUUGUAAAUGACGCUUUAUUAAUUUUGAGCGUUGCUUUUUUGGAUUUACCUUCAUCGGGAAAGCACAAACCUAAACAUAACUUUCAAAAACAAUUAACGUAAUAAAAGAAAGUUCAACACAAUGACAUAUAUAGCCAUGAUAACAGUUACUGUAUCGACAUUUUAAGAAGAUGCUUCUUCAAUAAUACUAAGUAUAUAUAACAAACCUUUGUAUAAUAUUGCCAGUUUAUUUUUUUCGAAUAAUUUAAGAAAAAAACACUGAGUGCUAGCCUUCAUGUAUUGUGAAAGAUUUCUCAGUCAAUACAUGUAGGCUAGCACUUAAAUUAUGACUGUA